AUGGCGUGUGACUACCUCAUCGGAGCCAUUGCCAACGUUCUCGCUACCGGCUGCGACAAUAUCACCCAGCCAAGUAACAACGGCACAGGUAACUUCACUGGAAUGAAAGACUUCAGCAUUCAACUUGAUGAAAUCGCCAACCAAACUAACGCGACUGCAAUCAUCGGAUAUAGUCGCUCCGUACCAAUAUUUCUAACAUUUUUCCGCUUGACCGUCAGCGUCCUUAUAAUACUCUUUAAUGGACUCGUCGUAACGUCGUUGAUACGCGUCAAGUUUCUCGAGGAAAUAAAAUACAUUAUGAUAACAAAUCUGUCCCUCGCCGACCUUGGUGUCGGGCUAGCACUGUUUCACGGCGUUAUCGUUAGCUUUAUCGGAGCCAAGCACGCCAUUCACUGCUUUAUAUUUAACAAUCUGAUAGUUUUUGUUACCUUAGCAUCCAUCGGUAGCAUGAUGAUGAUUUCGUGCGACAUGUACAUCAUGAUUAUUCAUCCCCUUAAAUACUAUCAACUAAUGACUGAAAGACGUGCCAAGCUGAUGGUCGGUUACUGGUGGGUUAGCAUCAUUGUCAUACAGACACUCAUAAUAUUUGUUGGGUCGGAACCCGAUCCUAGCAAACAACCGUUUCCAAAAUGUUCUAUUCCAGCUCACUUCAACUUUAGCACGAUAAUGUUCCUAGUCAGUUUUUGCUUUUCCUGUUUGGUUAUCAUGCUUUACAUUUAUGGACAAAUAUUUGCCGUAGCGCGGAAACAAACACUAGUGACACAGUCGCGUAUCACAUCCGGGCAAGAGUUGUCGGCGCAUGAGCAACAGCAGGCUGCUGUUCUCAAAACUCAGAUUAAAGUAGCGGUGACGAUGUUUGCCGUCGUUGGCACAUAUUUUAUAGCCUGGUUUCCCUAUUUGGCAAUCGCCAUCGUUACGAAAUACAAGCCGGAACUUUACUAUCCAAAUCUGAAAAUACAAUACGUGUUUGCAUUCCUCGGGUUCAUGAACUCAUUCGUUAACCCUAUCUUAUAUAGCUUCAGACUCAAACCAGUGAGAAAGGCAUUCAGAAAGACGCUCUGCUGUCCGGCAGUCACCGUUGCUCCAGUAGACAUAAUAAUGCUCCAGAAUCCUGCUUGA